UUUAAAAAAAGAGAGAGAAAAGAGAGACUUGAUUUUCAUUGGACGAUAAAAAAAAGUCACUUUUUUUGUUUUGUUUUGCUUCUCUCAGGUCACUGUACACUUUUUGCUUUGCUUAGCGUUGUGAAGUGAAGAAAUGGGUGAUUGGGCUGAUCACAGCGCCUUUAGUUUGCUCCUCAGCUCCAUUAUGAUGAGUCUGCAUCCACUAUCUUCGUAUCUUUCUUCUUCUCCAUCCAUCCGUCAAAUUCUAAGUAUGAUCUGCAACAGUUGAUCGAACCCCAAAGGAUACAUAUAUCAAAGCCCGGGAGGGGAUCAGAUCAGAGAGAGAUGGAUCUAAGUCGCGCCUUCAUUGCAAUUUUCCGGUAUGUUGUUUGUUGUGGGGAGGAGGAUCCAUCAGAAUCCCAUUGGAGACAACAAAGGCACCAUUACUCCGAAAUCAGAGAUACUCACUCUUCCUACCCAUCAUAUCAUGAGACAAUGAGAACUACCCAAUCUAAAGUUUCAUCAAAACCAAGCCAUCGCAAUAAUGCAUUUCAGGCCAACGAACUCUCUUCCUUCCCCCCUCCACCACCACAACCACCACCCGUUGCAGCCCAUAAACCAACUCCGACAACCACCACUUCACCGAGACUUAGUGAGGUUCUCCCACAGCCCAUAUCUUUCAGUUAUUCCUCUCCGGCUUCACGCAAGGCAAGCAGUGAAGUUGUUUCUACAAAGCCAAGAGAUUCAGUACUCCCUCCCUUUCCAGCUUUACACAAGGCGAGUAGUACUGAAGUUGUUUCUAAGAAGCCUUCACACUCUUCUCAAUCAUCCCAAAAUAAGUUCUUACUUUCAAAUACAGCCAAGCUGCCACCCCCACCUCCUUCACCUUCUCCUAAACCAAUCUCAUCAUUCCCGGCUCCUAGUCAAAAAAGGCCUGCUCUUUCCACUAAACCAGCCUUGCCUGUGGAUUCACCAUCUGCGAAAUUCCCCCCACCCCCACCAGUUAAGGCUAAUACACCAACUCCAACUACCAUUAUUACUUCAUCAAGUCUUAGUGAGGUUCUCCGACCGCCCAAAUCUUUUGGUUAUUCAUCUCCAUCUUCACACAAGGCAAAUGAAGUCUCUACAAAGCCAAGAGAUUUAUUUUCUUCCUCUUCAAUUACACCGAAGCAAAAUGAGGUUUCUAAAUCGCAGUCAUUUCCUUCCUCUGCAUUGUCACCGGAAGUAAUUGAAGCUGCUCAAACUCGCAGCUUCAACACCAUCAUCAAAACCAACACCACAAAAGAAAAUAAAGGUACCACUCCUAUAUGCUCCCAUCACCUGCAACCCUCUUCAUUGCCUUCUUCUCGUUCACCCCAAGAUAAGUUGCUGCUUUCGAAUACAACCAAGUUGCUGACCCCAUCUCCUUCACCUUCUCCUAAACCACCACCAUCAUUCCUGUCUCCUAUUCAAAAAAAGCUCUCUUUUUUCACUAAACCAGCCUUGCGUGUAGAUUCAGCAAAAAAUCACAAUGCUACAAAUAAUUACAUAUGGGUUGAGAAGGGUGCAUCGCCUACAUAUGUAGCUCCUGAUGAUCUAAAAGAACUGAUUGAGAAGGAUGUUGUGCCACAAGUUCUCAAGAAGCCCUUGUCCAUUUCAACGUACAAGGACUAUUUUCGUGCCUUGCUCUAUGCUGAAGACGUCUAUAUUGAGAAAUGGGAUGGCUUCGAAAUGAAGGAUGUCACCUUGGAGUUGCACGAUGCAGCCAUCUAUAAAAGAAAAAGUAGACACGAUAGAAUCGAUGAGGAUGGCCCAAAACAUGAAAAGACAUUUGUAGCAUUUGAGAUUGAUAAAGUUCCAGAGAGAAGGCCUUUUUUGAUAUCUCGGGACUUUGUCACACUAAAACCUUCGGAGAAGGAAUUCCCGAUCUUUGAGGGGCUGGUCUAUCGGGUGGUGAGAAGCAAUCUUUUAUUAUCCGAAUUUGAAGAUGACUUUCUCAAGCAGCAUCGCCCGGCCUGUAAAUAUGAUGUCAAGUUCUCAUUCAACAGAGUGUGUUUGAAACGUGCUCACCAGGCAAUUGAAUCCACGUCCGGUCCCUUGUUCAGGAACUUCCUGUUCCCAGAAAUCCUUCCAGAGAGCAGAUUUCUUUCCAACCAAUACUCGCUCAUCAUUGAUAAGAUUUUGAGACUACGGGCAUCACCGCCCUACCUGGUAAAGAAGGAAUUAUCUGUUAUAAGGGAAAGGAAAACACACCCACGUUUAUCAGGGACAGGAGAUCUCAUUGUCGAUGCUGCAGUGAGACUGAUUCAUGCAUCUCCUCUAAACCGGAUCCUUUUGUGUGCACCUGCAAACACAACCUGUGACUUGCUCUUGAGAGGAAUGAAAUGGAUGCAGAGGAUUCCUGAGCAUGAAAUUUUACGGGCCAAUGCUGCAUUCCGAGAACGGGAUGACGUACCUAAAGACAUCCUCCCUUCUUGCACAUAUGAAGAUAAAACCGGGUGUUUUUUCUGUCCUUUGCUUGAUGAGCUCCGGAGAUACAGGGUAAUUCUGUCCACCUUUAUGAGCAGCCACCGGCUACACAGUGAGGGAUUAGAGGCUGGGCAUUUCAGCCAUGUCAUUUUAGUGGAUGCAUCAUCCGUCACUGAACCAGAGGCUCUAGUCCCUUUGGCUAACUUUGCCACGGAGGGGACAGCAGUAGUUGUCUUUGGUGAUGGAGGAGACCAUUCACACUGGAUACGAUCCCCUGUGGCUCGGAAGUUUGGUUUGGCAUGCUCUUACUUUGAAAGGUUGUACAAUGCUCCGAAUGACGAUGACGACUUUUAAAAUCAGGGUGAAGCAUUUGUGAAUGUGCCUUUUAUAUUUUUUUAGAUUGAUGGAUUAGGAAGCGAAAUGAACUCUAGGAGCGUGUGAAAUGGAACCAUGUAGAGUGGAUCUAUGUAUGAUAAUAAUCUAGGAGGAUAAGAAACCUGGAACUCAAAUAAAGCACAAGCGGCAAGCUCCCUUUAACACCACCCAAAUGACUCAUUUACGUGGGGCUGGUUGAGUCUUGUGCAGGCCCUUUAGGAGAAGCUA